CAUGUUGAGCCCUCUUGCGAGCCACUCUGGACGUGUUCAAGUUGUAUACGGCCCGUUGCGUAUUGUUAUCACACUGAUUAUACUUUGCCAAGAACUAUUUUGUAAUUGUUCGGUCGUCACGCUCUCUAGAGAAACAUGCGAUAAAUCUCUUUGAACAUUUAUGUAAGCCACAAGCGUGGGACUUUCUUGGAACAGGUUUUUACCUUGAUUUUUAUUGUGUUGAAUGGAUUCAGAGAUGCUUGUGUACUGUGGAUAGCAUUCAAUUCUGGGAUAAAUGGCGUAUGGCAAUAUAUUGAUGUGAUGACGUUCUGAGAAUGAAAUCAGCUUUAGACAUAGAACGAUUACUGUCAUGAUCUUGAGGUGAUCACAUGACCGGCGCCAUGUCUGGACAGCGCCGCCUAGAUAAUGACCACGAGAAGGCGGUCAUCCGGUACAAGUUGAAGCAGCAGAGGACCCUGGAGAAGUCAAUGCAGACUCUUCAGCUAGAGAAGGAUUAUUCAAUUAAACUGCUUAACCUUGACCACAGGAUCGUCAAGGUCAACUACAAACGCCUCAAGGAUAAAGUGUCGCGUAUAAAAUCAAACCUAAACGCCGAUGAAAUCUCAACAUUGAAGGACUUGGACGCGAAAGGCAAGCUGAAGUGUUACAGUAACACUGUGAAUUUAAGUAGUGCGCUCAAAAUCGCAGCGGCCGCCAAGAGACUCAAGCUUCAAGGCCAGCCGACACGUGCUGUGAGUGUGUACCCCUUCCCUAUAACGGCCAUGGACAGUAAGAAUGGCACGCCCCGCCCCGAAACUGUUCCUCCCAGACUAGGCCGGAGUAAUUCCGUCACAGGGGCUUUCAUUGAUGCUCCAGAACCUCUGUUGCAUAAGCGACGUAACUCAAUCGAUGGUGGACGACCUACAAGUGCUGUGAACGUUGUGGCGACUGAAAAUUCUGUUAAACGUGCGCGCCCUCAAACGGCAAUUCGCCCUUCUGGACAACCUCCAAGGUCUCCAACCACGACGGUCAUGCCGUCUCAUUCUUUAUACUCUUCGCAUUCUGCUGUCGAGAAAGACAUUCGCGUGCAAACAGCGCCUGCGCCCACCGCGUGUUUCUCUGAUGACUCCAUAGAUAGCAACCUAGGGGAGGACUUGUACGAGGAGCGGCGACAGGAGAUGCUACUCGAGGAGGAGCUCCGCUAUAAAUCUCUCAAGGACAGGAAAAAUGAUUUUAUGGUGAGGCUAAAUGAGUAUAUCGCGGCUAACCCUUCACCGGACUGGACUAACGCCGUAGCACACUUCGAUUUUCCGGACAGUACGGUGGAACGGGAAGAGGAAGUGGACGACGACGACGAGGAUGACAUGCCCAGUAUCCGACCCAAACCAAAGAAGAGACUACUUCCGGGAAGGUCACGUCUAAACAUGGCCACCUCAUUCUCAAAUGAAGAAGUGUACAAACAGAAAAUGUUAGAACUCUGGAAAGACUUGAAUAAGUGUCGGUACCUGAGAGUGCCGGACGAGAGGAUAGAUUUAUCCGGCGUGGAUACUUCGGCAAAGAGACAGGUGAAGCUUUAUCAAAUGCUCAAGGACCGGGAUGGCCAGGCAGUGGCCUGAAGUCUGGGAUAUAAUCUAUACUCGUCAUUUUCGAACAUCUAUACCAAUGUCAUUAGGUCGCUUUUGUUGUCAUUUAUUUGUAUGAUCUAUUGGAAUUUUGUAAUGAGACAACUAGAACAAUACGCUGCCUCUAUUAACCUGUGUAUAUAUUAGGUGCUUAUUUAUUGUGAAAAUGGUCAUAGGAAGGUUGAUUCUACGAGCGUAAAACUAUCCAGCAGUGAUGAUCUCCCGGACGUUUCUAACACCAGACAGCAGGCGUCUACUCCGGGAUCCGCGGAGCACACAACAGCAACACUGAUGAGUUGAAAUGAUUCGCAUGCCCGUUUUGUGUUUUUAAAAGUCUUUCUUACGUAGUAAAAUCUGUCUGCCUAGUACGGAUUAUGACCUGCUGUGAUUAACGGUGUGAAAGUCUCGGUAUAACAAACAGUAGUGUUAUGAGAUUAAGACUAAGCUUAAGUGCUAUGUAAUGCAUUGGGUAAUGGUAGGUAAUCACUUUUCUUGUGUUACAUUGUUAUUAAUGUGAAUUUGGGGAUAUAUCGGUAAGUAGCAAUAUAAUGGAGUCACGUGUCAAAUCAACCGUCUUCCAUUCACUGCUGACUAUGUACAGCGAUUGACACUUUGCAAUUAUGAACUACGUCAAAUGGAGCAUACAAGUAGAUUAUGACUACUACGGAUGUCAUACGCGCAUUUUGUAUUGCAUGUACACAUAUUCUGUAUACGUCAUAGAAAAUAAUGUACUCAAUCAACGUGAUGAUGUCAGAAAGUACGUGUACAUGCAGACUUUUACGUCAUAUUUACGUGAACACAAACUUUUUACAUGUGACGUCAUGAUGGCGGACAAAUAUUACAGGAAUGUUCAAACGCCACUUUGACUCAUCGUCAAGGUGUCGGAUAUGCUACAUGAAUUCAUACAAACAUUUCAUUACGUCAUUCGCAAGCAAUAUAUAGAUAACAUUGAUGGGUGUGGUUGUGACUGAAAUACUGGGUAGUGGUACACACACUAACUAACAUCAGCACGGCAUUACAUCGGUAGCGGUCACUAACACAAACGUUAUGUAUUAAUAAAAAAAUGUUUACACGUUGUAUUUACAGUGUAUUAUAUGUGAAGUUUUCACCGUAUUAAUUACGUGUGCGGACGUUUUCUGAGAAUGGUUUUGAAAGUGCUCGUCAGCUUUGGAUAUUAUUGGUGUUGCACAUUUGGACAUUCUACAAUUAAUGCCUUUUGCAAAUGAAUACGAGUAUCACCAAAUCAAACGUUACAAGAAUUCUCAUCGUCAAGGGUAGAUACAACCAAAUGUAAAUCAUUGUAUUCACAACAUCAAAGUAAAUAGCUUGUUUGAUAACCAAGUAGUAACAUUUGAUAUGUACUGAAAGAAUAGUUUGGUUAAAGAGUUAUUAGCAAUUAUUACCUUCCAAGUCAUAUAAUGAAAUUUAAUAAAUGCUGAAAGUGCAGUUUUUAUCAUAAAGUGUUAUUAACAAAUAUCGACUUCCAGCAUAUCAUUACUUCCAAUAUUAUAACGCAUAUCAGCAAAUCCCUGCGAGCAAUGCCAACAGCGGUGACGCACGAAGACUUAGGCCUAGGUGGUCUGUCUUAUUACCUUACAGACAACUUAACCCAAGUUAUUCAUCUAGUACAUAAUACAAAAUCGAAAUUCAAAUCCAAAACUAUCUAUACAGAUUUAAAAGUAUUACUUAGAGACAGGAAACACACAAAAAAAAGAAUAAAAAGUUUCAAAUAUUUGGCAAAAGAUUAGUUUGUAUUACAUGUAAUGAGCUCCUAAGCUAAUCUGACAUAGAACAGUCUUGCUGAGAACGUCAAUGAUAAGUAAAAUGAUCCUUCACGCUCUCACCCUGUAAUAUAAAACUAUAAAUCAUAUCUUUGCUUCUACGAAGGUAUGGACAACCGAUAUGCACACUUUUAAAACAUAUAAAUAGUAUGAAAAACACAUCAUUGACGUAUCUGGCGAUUCCUACUGUACCCGGAUGCGUGAAUUAAACAUUGAC